GUCACAUACCGCGUGUGUGUGUGGCGCUGGUUUGUACAGGCCGUACAGGCCAAUUUUGAAUAUGAUAUUUCUUUGGCGUCUCUAAAACGCGGAGAAAGGGAGGGGGCGCGUACCGCGUACUCAUACGUGUGUGUAUAUCUGUACAUUGUUAUGAAGGAAAAACUCGAGGGAUACCAGCGACUCGGCUCAUACGUAUUUUUCACUUCUUCGCGUUUAGUUUUAUUCCUCCUUUAUAUCUCCUUCUCUCUCUUUUUAUUCUCAAUCGUGUUUUGAUUUGCGUCUCAAGAUACGAACGGCAGCAUGACUUACGAAAAUAAAAAAGAGGAUUUGAAAAAGCGAUUGACGCCUCUCCAGUGGCAUGUUACACAGGAAAAAGGCACUGAAAGGCCCUACACAGGAUGUUACAACAAAUUUUAUGAAAAGGGCACGUACACGUGUAUAGUGUGCGAACAGGAAUUAUUCUCAUCGGACACAAAAUAUGACAGUGGCUGUGGUUGGCCUGCUUUCAACGAGGUUUUGGAUCAAGGUCGCGUCAAAUUGACCAAAGAUACCUCCAACGUCGGUGGAAAUCUACUAUUGCUGAUCGCAAACCCAGAUAUGGUCCGGACGGAAGUGACGUGUUCGAAAUGUGGUUCACACCUGGGUCACGUGUUCAACGACGGUCCAAAACCAACGAGGAAGCGUUUUUGCAUAAAUUCAGCAUCGAUCAACUUCCAUGAGGCUGGCGAUGAGAAAAAAUCCAAUUCGUAAAACUUGGAAAGAGAAAAACGAAAAAAUCGAUUGGAGGACCGCAGGAGAGCAGGUUCGAGGCGUUUUUCAAUUGUAAAAAAAUUGAUUUCGGGCUGUUCUCCAAUGGAAUGGAGAGAGACGAUCAGAGGGACGAAAAAAAUGUAAUUCAGGUAUCAUUUUCAUUCCGAUUGAAGAAAUACCAAGGGGAUGGCGAAACAUUAUAAAAGUUUCACAAGUCAAAUAUUCUUCGUAAACAUUGGACUGAAUCUUCCAAAGGUUUCUUUUAAGGCUUAUGCGGUGUGAAAAAAAACGUCUCAGUAACGCUGAUUCAAUUAUUUCGAAAUAUUCUGAAUAUACUUGAAACGCAUAAUAGCAUUAUUUGCACUAUAAAUAAUAAGCGAACGAAAGAAAGAAAAAAAACAUGAAAAUACUACGUUUUGUAAGCCAUCUAGAGUACAUUUAUUUUUUCAUCUAUUUACGAUGCCAUAAUGUAAAUAAAUUGUAACUUAUGACAAGGAAUUAAUAAAAAUAUAUUGUAAAAACUUA